UCAGCAAAAAGAUUCGACUCAAAAGAACGAACCGAACAGCGCUAAAACAUAGCAAACAGUAACUCUUCUGCUAUCUAGCGCUGUUCUCAGUGGCUUGGGCAUUUGGUGUGUGUUUCUUGCACACAAUACGAAUCAAGCCAAAACUUUAAUUUCAAAACAUCUUGAGUAAUAUGUGCAAAAGUCAAGAUUUCCCGGGCUGCCGCCGCGCAUGUGUCAGCAGGGCAGCGUCCACGUCACAGCAGAGGGAACUACACAGGGCUGUCUGUAGGCUCACAAACAGUUUUGAAUGGCACCCUAGGGCCCUGAGACGACUCGCGUAUCCAAAUGAUGGUUACAUAGUGUUUAAUGCUACCAGCUUUUCGUUUUCGAGGACUAUGUAAACAGUGAGUUGUCCCUUGUCGGAUCCGGGUUUUCCAGGAUGGCGUGCCCGACGCAAUUCAUCUGCAAGGCGCUGCGCUCUGUGGGCCUGGUGCUUUUCUACUAUGUGUUUUCCAUCGGCAUAACAUUCUACAACAAGUGGCUCAUGAAGGACUUCCACUUUCCUCUGUUCAUGACGCUGGUUCAUCUCGUAAUCAUUUUCUGUUUCUCCACACUGACACGCUUUGCCAUGCAGUGCUGGAUGGGAAAGCCUCGAGUGACCCUUCCCUGGAAGGUUUACCUUUCUAAAGUGGGCCCAACAGCCCUGGCGACAGCGCUGGAUAUUGGACUGUCCAACUGGAGCUUCCUUUUCAUCACUAUUAGCUUGUACACCAUGACCAAGUCUUCAGCCGUUCUCUUCAUUCUGUUUUUCUCUCUGGUCUUCAAGCUGGAGGUGCCGAACCCAUUCCUGAUCCUUGUGGUGUUGCUGAUAACUAGUGGUCUGUUCAUGUUCACUCUCAAGUCCACUCAGUUUAAUCUGGAAGGUUUCAUUAUGGUCCUGUUGGCCUCUUUUAUUGGAGGGAUCCGCUGGACUCUCACUCAAGUGCUCAUGCAGAAAGCAGAGCUUGGCCUUCAGAACCCCAUAGACACUAUGUAUCAUCUGCAGCCUCUCAUGUUCCUGGGCCUCUUUCCUCUGUUUCUUCUUAAUGAAGAGGUUCCUCAGCCAGAGCUGAUGCUCACUACCAUACGCGGCCGUGCAACAGUGGCAGGCCUGGACCCCAGACAGGAGUAUCUCCUCCAAGUUAUGGUGCUCAAUGGGACACAGGAGAAGCUCAUUGCAAAAAGACGCUUCACUGUCGAUGGGUUGCGUGAGGAUGAGCUGAUCCGUAGUGGGAACAGAGAGCAGAAGAAAAAAACUCACUCCAUUGGUUCUGGAUCUGGAGAGGUGGAUGACGUGACUGAGGCUCUAGCGGCCUUUCCCACUGUGCUCUACCGAGAACCAACGACUACAGAGUCUCCUGCUGUACCUGAGCUUGAGCCAGAAGUUGACAGAAACACCAAAGAAAAGAAAAAGAAGGACAAGAAUCGAUCCAAGACCGAGGAUAAAAAUGAUCAAGAAGAAAAUGGAGGGAAGUCGGUGAGAGAAGAGGUCACCAUCACCAACAAACCGAGAAAAACCACCUCAACCCAAACUGUCACAGCUGUUUCCACACGAAAGCCGUUUGAAUGCAGUGCUGGAGCUCAGGCUGAUCUGGUCCUUCUGGUAGACGGAUCCUGGAGCAUCGGCCGCACAAACUUCAGAAAAGUGCGUGACUUCCUGGAGGGCCUGGCUGUCCCCUUUCACAUUGGACCACAGGGUGUGCAAAUAGCAUUAUCUCAGUACAGUGGAGAUCCACGUACUGAGUGGCAUCUUAAUAACUUCACCUCUAGAGAGCCGCUCCUGGAGGCCAUCAGGAACUUCAGAUACAAGGGAGGCAACACUUUCACAGGCCAGGCUCUCAUACAUGCUCUUGAGAACAAUCUGAAGAAGGAGGUGGGGGCACGACCCAACACCCCACAGUUCCUGCUGCUGCUGACUGAUGGGAAAUCUCAGGAUGAUGCUAUUGCUGCAGCCAACAGGCUGAAGAAUGCCGGCAUAGAGAUCAUUGCUAUAGGUGUGAAAAAUGCAGAUGAGGCAGAGUUGAGGCAGGUGGCGUCUGAACCGCUGGAGCUAAAUGUGUAUAAUGUGAAUGAUUUUCCUCUGCUCAGUAAACUGGUGGGAAGACUAGCACGCAUCCUCUGUGGCAAGAUUGAAGACCGUAUUAAAGUGAAGAGAAUAGAGCGUCCCACUCAGGACCCAGUUCUGUCCUAUCCCAGCCCAACUGAUCUGCAGUAUGUAGGACUAGGCUCGAGAGAGGUGCGCCUGCGUUGGACCAUCCCCAGCAAAAGACAUAAAUUAGAUCAGAAAAACAGAUGGCUGCUUCUCAUGGAGCAAUUGGGAGUAUUGUGGGUGCAAGAGAGCGCUGUUCAUUCACUUCCCGCACCGACAUUUCCUGACGUUUUAUGCUCAUUCCCUUUGUUCUUUCACUCGUCUGUCUGUUUUUUUUCAGUUCCAUUGCCGUCUCCUCUCAGUUUGCAGUUUCCCAUGUUCAGUCACAGCACUCUGAAGAUCACGUGGGUCCCUGGAGCUGUCGAUGUUCCUGCACACCGCAUCAUCUACAGCACCAAUCACGGCAGUGACGUCAAGCAGGUGGAGGUCAAAGGUGUGAACACAGUGUUGCUACAGAAUCUGUCUUCCCUCUCCAGGUAUCUGGUGUCAGUGCAGUCUCUCUACGAAAAGGGCCUGUCCACUCCUAUCACAGCCAAUGUCACUACCUUAAGGGUCCCAGCUCCCUCAGAUCUGAGAGUCACUAACUUCUCUAGCAGUGACUUAACAGUGCGAUGGGAAGCUGCAGCAGAUGACGUGGUCUCCUAUCUCAUCAAAUGGAUCUCUCUCAGUGAAGGAGACCUCAGACAGUUGACAGUAGAUGGGGAGAGUGAGGGGGCAAUCUUGGAAGAGGUUGAAGAAGAUAAGGAAUAUCAGAUUUCACUCUCUGCAUUAUAUGCCGAUGGUGCUCAGAGUGAGGCUGUGGCCAUACGAUACAGCACCUUAUCUGGAGGCGGUCCGAGCAGUUUAUCCAUUUCAGAGGAGACAGCAGUCAGUAUGCUGGUCACCUGGGUUCACCCCAACUCUCAUGUGCUGCAGUACCGUGUGUCAUACACUCCACUUAAUGGGGAUGUGAGGGAAAACACAGUGUCAUUGCCAGGCAGCGAGAGGCACGUCCUGCUGCAGAAUCUGCUGCCUGACACUCGUUACAGUGUGCUGGUGACUGCUGAGUACCGCAACCGAGAGGGUGGCAGCGCCUCAGCCCAGGGGAAGACCACUAGCCUGCGGGUGAGCAGUGUGAGUGUGGUGCGGUCUGACCACUCCAGUAUAUGUGUGUCCUGGAGGCCCGUACCAGCUGUCAGUGGUUAUCGCAUAGUCAUCCAGGCUCUCAGAGAUAAACAGACUAAGGAAGACAAAGUAGAUGCUGCUAGCAGCAGCCACUGUUUCUCUGAGUUGCAGCCUGAAACGAUCUACCGCAUCAGUGUGCACUCCCAUCUGGGAACAGUAGAGGGCCCUGCGGUCACUAUCCUUCACCCUACAGCAACUGCUCCAGUGAGAAUCCAGGUUCCUCCUCAACUGCAUCCCAUACAAAGAGAAGUGUGUCCUGAGACAACAAUCAGAAAUCAUGUGGUUAAAGGCUUUGACAUGAUGGAAGCAUUCGGUCUAACUCAGAGAGCUCACUCUACUAUCGAGGGUGUGGCAGCUGAACCUUUCAUCUUCAGCACCUUACCCAGUUACACCCUCUACAGAGAUGUACAGCUGACCCAGAGCACAAGCUUCAUCCACCCGGCUGGCUUUUCUCCAGAACACACCAUCAGCACGGCCUUCAGGCUCUUGCAGGAUUCACCCAGGGAGCCCUUUGCACUCUGGCAGCUCACGGACAAUGACUUCCAGCCCAAGAUGGGGGUGGUGCUGGACCCUGAGAAGAAGGUUCUGCUGUAUUUCAGUCUGGACUACAGAGGAGAGAUACAAGAACUGACCUUUGACCAGCCACAAGUCCACUCAGUUUUCUAUGGCAGCUUUCAUAAGAUCCAUUUGUCCGUCAGUCAGGUGAGUGUAUCUCUGUCUGUAGACUGCCAGCGGGUUGGCGAGAGGCCCGCACGCCCCCUGGGAACUUUGCCCACUGAUGGUUUUGAGAUGUUGGGCAAACUAGUGAGGACACGUGGACCUCACAGCGGAUCUGCGGCUUUUCAGCUGCAGUCCUUUGAGAUUGUGUGCAACACUACUUGGGUAUCAGAAGACAACUGCUGUGAUCUGCCCUCACAGAGAGAUGAGGAGAGCUGUCCUGCCCCUGCUUAUGCAUGCACCUGCACCACCGACGUCCCUGGAGCACCUGGAGACACUGGGCCACCUGGGAGACCUGGCCCUCGUGGGGAGAAGGGAGAAAAAGGAGAGGUGGGACAAAAGGGAGAGGUGGGUCCACCUGGUAAAUCGGGCCCUGAGGGCGGCUUUGGCGCUCUUGGACCCUCUGGUCCUCGGGGAAUAACUGUAAUGGGCAAAGUGGGCCCACCAGGAGCAAGAGGGGAAAAAGGAGAUAUUGGAAGGCCUGGGAGCCAGGGUUUACCAGGGCCUCCUGGUCCAAAAGGUGAAGAGGGCAUGGCUGGUCCUAAGGGCACCAGAGGAAUGGAGGGUAAUAUCGGUAGCCCAGGAAUCCCAGGACCAAGAGGUUUCCAGGGUAUGCCUGGUCAUCCAGGGCCAGUGGGAGAGAGAGGGCCAUUAGGUUCUGUAGGGCCCACAGGUCUUUCUGGAAGUAAGGGUGAGAGAGGAGAGAAGGGUGAGCCACAGUCUCUUGCCAUGAUCUACCAGCUUGUUACACAGGCCUGCGAAAAACUUGUGCACAGUAAUCCUGAAGUUGGAUGCUUUUCUGAACGAGAUGAAUCGAAAGCCAGUGCCCAUCCAGGAACCAGUAGCACCACCAGGAGAGCCUGGGAUACCAGGGGGAAGGGGGCCACCUGGAUCCCGAGGCCCUCAGGGUCGACAAGGAAGCAGAGGAGAGUCUGGGAAACCAGGUUCUGUGAUUCACUUAUAGGACGCAGAGGGAUGUCUGGUGAGAAGGGCUCUCCAGGAGCAAAUGUGGUGGGACCACAAGGAAUAAAAGGUUUUGCAGGACCUCCAGGUGAAAGUAAAAUAGGGGAACCAGGUCCCAAAGGUGAGGAUGGUAAAGCAGGACCUCUAGGUAUUCCAGGAGCUUCAGGUCAGCAAGGAGAAAUUGGACCCCCUGGUAUAUGUGACAGCAGUGGAUGUUAUCAAGGACCCCCAGCUGCAGAGGAUCCCUACCUUGGAUACCAGCCUUGA